AUGUUGUCAGCUCGUUCUGCUUUGCGUACCGCUGCCCGUGCAGCCUCUGUUUCUAGAAUGCGUGUCGCCCGUCCAGCUGUUUCUGCUGCUGUGCGUUACGCCUCUGCUAAGGCUGCCCCUACCGAGGUUUCCUCCAUCUUGGAGGAGAGAAUCAAGGGCGUCUCUGAGGAGGCCAACUUGAACGAAACCGGUAGAGUCUUGUCUGUUGGUGACGGUAUUGCCCGUGUCUUCGGUUUGAACAAUGUCCAGGCUGGUGAGUUGGUUGAGUUCUCUGGUGUCAAGGGUUUGGCCUUGAACUUGGAGGCUGGCCAGGUCGGUAUUGUCUUGUUCGGUUCCGAUGCUUUGGUCAAGGAGUCCGAGCCAGUCAAGAGAACCGGUAAGAUUAUUGACGUUCCAGUCGGUCCAGAGUUGUUGGGUCGUGUUGUUGACGGUUUGGGUAACCCAAUCGACGGUAAGGGACCUUUGAACAACAAGGAGACCAGAAAGGCCGAGGUCAAGGCCCCAGGUAUCUUGCCAAGAAGAUCUGUUCACGAGCCAAUGCAGACUGGUAUGAAGUCUGUUGACGCCUUGGUGCCAAUUGGUAGAGGUCAGAGAGAAUUGAUUAUCGGUGACCGUCAGACCGGUAAGACCGCCGUCGCCUUGGACACCAUCUUGAACCAGAAGAAGUGGAAUUCUGGUAACGACGAGAAGAAGAAGUUGUACUGUGUCUACGUUGCCGUCGGUCAGAAGAGAUCCACCGUUGCCCAGUUGGUCAAGACCUUGGAGGAGAGAGACGCUUUGAAGUACUCCAUCAUUGUUGCCGCCACUGCUUCUGAGGCUGCUCCUUUGCAAUACAUUGCUCCUUUCACCGGUUGUACCAUUGGUGAGUGGUUCAGAGACAACGGCAGACACGCUUUGAUCAUCUACGAUGACUUGUCCAAGCAGGCUGUUGCUUACCGUCAAUUGUCCUUGUUGUUGAGACGUCCUCCAGGAAGAGAGGCUUACCCUGGUGAUGUUUUCUACUUGCACUCCCGUUUGUUGGAGAGAGCCGCCAAGAUGUCCGAGGCCUAUGGUGCUGGUUCUUUGACCGCUUUGCCAAUCAUUGAGACUCAGGGUGGUGAUGUCUCUGCUUACAUUCCAACCAACGUCAUUUCUAUUACUGAUGGUCAGAUUUUCUUGGAGGCUGAAUUGUUCUACAAGGGUAUCAGACCAGCUAUUAACGUCGGUUUGUCCGUGUCCCGUGUCGGUUCCGCCGCGCAGGUGAAGGCCAUGAAACAAGUUGCUGGUUCUUUGAAAUUGUUCUUGGCUCAGUACAGAGAAGUCGCUGCUUUCGCCCAAUUCGGUUCUGACUUGGAUGCUUCCACCAAGCAGACCUUGAACAGAGGUGAGAGAUUGACUCAGAUCUUGAAGCAGAAGCAGUACAGCCCAAUGGGUGCAGAGGAGCAGGUCCCUAUCAUUUACGCUGGUGUUAACGGUUACUUGGACAACAUUGAGGUUUCCAGAGUCGGUGAGUUUGAGGAGGCUUUCUUGUCCAACUUGAAGAGCAACCACCCAGAGAUUCUCAAUGCCAUCAAGGAGAAGGGUGAAUUGUCCAAGGACGACUUGGAGUCCUUGAAGAAGGCUACCGAGAGCUUCGUUUCUUCUUUCUAA